CACUUUUAUAGAAUGUUUAAGGAAGGAAGGAAGGCAGGCGAGCCCUCGAGCUAACUAGCCCGGCUAACACAAGGCUAGCCGCAGUUUGUAUUGGGGAGUUGUUAGCAUGGCUAGCAUGUAGCAGUGCGGUGUCAACUUUUACAGGAGUGGCCCCGGGAACCGGUACUGUUCACCACGGACGUGUUUGGAGUCGUUUUGUCUCGCGUGUGUCCGCCCGGUGGAGCGGUGCGCGAUGUCCGGUCGGGGUGUUAGCUUCAGGUGUUGACAGCGUGUUGCAUCAUGUUGGUGACAAAACUGUGAUCCUGCGUUUACGCUGACUGAGGAGUUUUCAGCUGCAAACACAAGAUGAGAGGAACCUGCCUGACGGCAGCAGAGACAACUGAACUCGCCCCAGAGAAGAGCUAACCCACGAAUGGCCUGCCAGUCUGUCGCUGCAGUCAUGGACGAGCAGGCUCUGCUGGGGCUCAACCCGAACGCCGACGCCCGCUACAGGCAGAGGGCGAUGGUGUACUUUGAGCAGCUGAAGGAGUCUCACGAUGCCUGGGAAGUUUGUGCCGAGGCGCUUGCGAAAGGGAUUUACAAUGACGACCACGUGAAGUUUUUCUGCUUCCAGGUGCUGGAGCAUCAGAUCAAGUUCAGACACGCCGGCCUGAGCGCCGCUCAGCAGCAGCUGAUCAGAGAGACACUGAUGAAGUGGCUCCAGUGUCAGCUGAUGAACGCUCAGCCAGAGAAGCCCUUCAUUAGGAACAAGGCGGCUCAGGUGUUUGCGCUCACCUUCGUCAUGGAGUACCUGACGCUGUGGCCCAAGUUCUUCUACGAUGUCUUGUCUCUAGUCGGCCUCAACCCGCACGGCGUGGACAUCUACCUCAGGACACUGAUGGCCAUCGACGCCGAGGUGGUCGACAGAGACAUCCUGCACUCACCUGAGGUGAUGUGGCGUGUUCGUCCCCAGGAGACUCGGAGAAACACUCUAAUCAAAGACAGCAUGAGGGAGCAGUGCAUCCCCAGCCUGGUGGAGUCCUGGUUCCAGAUCCUGCAGACGUACCAGCUGACUCACUUCGAGCUCACCUGCCAGUGUCUGGAGGUGGUCGGAGCCUUCGUGUCCUGGAUCGACCUCAACCUCAUCGCCAACGACCGGUUCGUGAACCUGCUGCUGAGUCAGAUGUCGGUGGAGGCGCUCAGAGAGGAAGCCUGCGACUGCCUGUUUGAAAUCGUCAACAAAGGAAUGGACCCGGUGGAUAAAACCAAACUGGUGGAGUCUCUGAGUCAAGUGCUGCAGUCGGCGGGAUUCUUCAACGUGGAGCAGGAGGACGACGUGGACUUCCUUGCCAAGUUCUCCCGCCUGGUGAACGGCAUGGGUCAGAGUCUGGUGCUGAGCUGGACCAAGCUCGUCAAAACGGGCAACGUCAAGGACGCGGCGGACACGCUACAGGCGCUGGAGGCCAAGGUGCCGCUGCUGCUGAAGCUGCUGGUGCACGAGGACGACGACAUCUCGGCCAACAUCGUCUCCUUUUGCUACGAAUACCUGCACGUCCUCAAACAGCUUCCUCAGCUGACAGAUCUGCAGAAGACAAACAUUGAGGCCAUCAUGCUCGCCGUCAUGAAAAAGCUGACGUACGACGACGAGUACAACUUUGAAAACGAGGGCGAAGACGAGGCGAUGUUCGUGGAGUACAGGAAGCAGCUGAAGAUGCUCCUGGAUCGCUUGGCUCAGGUUUCACCAGAGCUGCUGCUGGAGGCCGUCCGCCGCGUCUUCAACACCACCAUGCAGAACUGGCAGUCGGCGACUUUCAUGGAGGUGGAGGUGGCCAUCAGGCUGCUGUACAUGCUGGGCGAGGCCCUGCCCGCAUCUCACGGCGCUCACUUCACCGGAGACACGGCCAAGACGAGUGCCCUGCAGGACAUGAUGAGGACGCUGGUCUCCUGCGGUGUCAUCAGCUACCAGCACAGCUCUGUUUCGCUGGAGUUCUUCGAAACUGUUGUCCGAUACGAGAAGUUCUUCGUCGUGGAGCCUCAGCACAUUCCCAACGUUCUGAUGGCGUUUCUGGACCAGAGAGGACUGAGACACAACAGCCCGAAGGUCCGCAGCAGAGUGGCUUAUCUCUUCUCCAGAUUCAUCAAAACUCUGCACAAACACAUGAACGCCUUUAUCGAGGACAUCCUGACUCGGAUCCAGGACCUGCUGGAACUUGCUCCUCCGGAAAACGGCUUCCCCGUGCUGCUGACCAGCGACGACCAGCUCUUCAUGUUCGAGACAGCCGGCGUCCUGAUCGUGAGCGGCGACAGUCCGGCCGAGAGGAAGCAGGCGAUGAUGAGGAGCCUGCUGUCGCCGCUGAUGGACGCGUUCCGCCUGCUGCUCGCCAAACUGCUGCAGGAGACAGAGGAGGGGCGACAGGUCGCGCUCGCCGACUGUCUGAGUCACGCCGUCGGGUUUGCCAGUCGGACCAGCAAAGCGUUCAGCAACAAGCAGACGGUGAAGCAGUGCAGCUGCACCGAGGUCUACAGAGACUGUCUGCAGACCUUCCUGCCUGCACUGAGCUGUCCCGUCCAGCGGGGGGUGCUGCGCAGCUCGGUCCGCUCCUUCCUGCACCGCAUGAUCAUCUGCCUGGAGGAGGAGGUGCUGCCGUUCAUCCCCGCCGCCUCGGAACACAUGCUGAAGGACUGCGAGGCCAAAGACCUGCAGGAGUUCAUCCCCCUCAUCAGCCAGAUCACGGCCAAGUUCAAGCGGCAGGUGUCGCCCUUCCUGCAGCAGGUCUUCAUGCCGCUGGUCCUCGCCAUCUUCGAGUCGCUGGCGCGUCCGGCAGAGGAGAACGACCAGACGGCGGCUCUGGAGAAGCAGAUGCUGCGGAGAAGCUACUUCAGCUUCGUCCAGACCGUCACGGGCAGCGGCAUGAACGAGGUCAUGGCCAAUCAGGGCGCUGAAAACAUCGAGCGAGUCGUGUUCACCAUCAUCCAGGGAGCCGUGGACUUCCCCGACCCCAUCGCUCAGAAAACCUGCUUCAUCAUCCUCUCCAAACUGGUGGAGCUGUGGGGAGGUAAAGACGGUAUGGUGGGCUUCCCCGACUUCAUCUACAAGAACAUCGUCCCUGCGUGUUUCCUGGCUCCUCUGAAGCCGACCUUUGACCUCUCGGACGCUCAGACAGUCCUGACUCUGUCAGAGUGCGCCAUCACCCUGAAGAUGAUUCAUCUCAAACGGGGGCCGGAGUUUAUCCAGUUCUUACAGCAGGAGUAUCUGCCCUCGCUUCAGGUGUCACCAGAGCUCUCACAGGAACUUUGUCAAGUGCUUCAACAGCCCGAUCUCAAAGUGCUGAAGAAUUAUAUCAAGGCGUUUUUCCAGCGAGCAAAGCUGUAGGACAUGAAACUGGAAGUUGCCCCGGGGACUGAAAAAGACUCUUUACAGGAAGUGGCCCGACUCGCCCCUUCACAACAAAACAAAACCAUGGAACUUAGCAUAGGAGCUGCUUUGCACUUAAGAGGUAAAAGCGUAACAAAGCCCAGUCUGUCUAAGUCGGGGGAGGGGGAAAUGGACAGAAGGUCAGCGGGUGGAACAGCGCCCUCCAGCUACCGAGAGACGAGCUGUCCACGUGGACUCGAGGUGAGACGGGACUUGAGGGUUCCCCGACACGAGGAGAACUUUGUGGAACCAUGUAGAGAAAAAAGGCUUAUUUUACGCGUAAAGCGCGGCUGUCGUAAGAAUCUACGAUGUUUUUUGUUUGAUCAUUGUGACGCUCCUCGUAACAAACGAUAGCUUUAUUUUAGUCGGACCUUUUUCGCAGUAGGAACCACAUUUUUAAAGAGAAGGAAAAAAAAAAGGGCUGUUGCACCAUUUUCGUGUUUGUUUCCGCCUUCCUCGAUUUACACUUUCAUCUCGACCGCUCGUCAUGUUUGUUCCGUGUCGGGAUGGACGGUAGAGUCACAGCAGCAGCGACGUGAUUGUUUUCUGUUUUUGUUCCAGGAAUAUUUCUUUCUUUUUAUUCUUUCCUGGAAAUAGUAUGAGAAAGUAAAACAACGGACACAACAAGAAAAUGGAGGAACAAACAAGUGUAAAUAAGAGAUUUAGAUGUUGAAAAUGUAAAUAAAGGUCCUAGUUUAGUUUUUUUUUUUUAC